AUGGAUGAUCCGUCCUAGCUCACAUAGAGAUGAAUCUUACUCAGAGAACCACCGUGAAACCUGGCCUACUCGACCUUGUACCCGGAGACACUUACUAACCCCUGAAGAGGAUUAGAAUGAGGUUCCGGAGCAAAUCUAGGCCUUAGAUGAGAAACCAGGAUAGGCCUGAGAAGGUGUCGUGGUUGGCUAGGCCUGAAACCUGUCAGUGACAAAUACAGUUUCUGUUUAAACAUUGGAACAAGUUGGUUACUUAUCAUCCUAACUGCUUCUCUUUAUAAACUCCUUAUCUAAACCUGGAACUAAGAAAUCAAGGAAGAAGAGCAGAAGAUAUUCUAGACUAAAACUGGUUUUCAUCAACUAGUAAUGAUGUGACUUUUCAGUUGUUCCUGAAACAAGCGUGAAUCUAAGUUUGAAAGAGAAAGUAAUUAAGGAUUCUCUAAACUCCUUGCAUUGAGAAACCAGGACUCGGUUGACAGGGUUUACUCCGAUUGAUCUAGUUUAAACUCCAGGUCUCAGGAUGAACUGUAUCCAUAUCCCUGAUCAACUGUUGACCAGGGUCCCUAGUAUGUCACAGAUCCUGGAAAGUUUUCCGAGUGUAAACCUGGAUUCCCUGCCUGACGUACAUGUGCCCCGCCUACCCAAUGUUCCCCGCCCACCCCGCCUAUCCCUGAAACAUAUUGCCGGAGCCCCAGUAAGGGAGGACGGAGACGGAGAGGAUGGUGCGGCUGCCUCUCUGGGGCGGAGGAUCCGCCGGAGAUAACCUACUGUGUGGCGGAUAAUGCCGGAGGCGGACUAAGUUUGCAAGCUAUUACUCCGACCACACCUAUGCCUUCAGAAGAUGAACUUAAUGAUAAAUUUGCAGAACUAGUGGAGGAGCUAGAUCUAUCCGCCCCUAACAAGGCUGCUAUGCUGAGCCUACCCCUGGAGAAGAAAUGGAUUAUAUGGAACUCUAGAAAGGGAAGAGAAGAACAAUCAGAUCUUUCAAGCAACCCUGAGUACUACACAGACAGGAGAAUGGCUUAAACUGCCUGUUGGAUCUACUAGCAGGGAUGGAUUGGGAUACUGCUCAGUCUAGUAUACACACAGCAGCUCUAGGCUGUAUGAAAGCUUUAAUGAAUAACACGAGUGGGAGGGCCCAUGUAUUAGCACACCCAACUGGAGUAAAUAUAAUCACACAAAGUCUGAGCUCGGAGAAUGUUAAAACAAGGAUUGCAGUUCUAGAGAUCCUUGGAGCAAUGUGUCUCGUUCCAGGAGGGCACAAACGAGUACUGGAUGGGAUGGUACACUACCAGGAGUAUAGCAGUGAAAGAACUAGAUUUCAGGGCAUUAUCAAUGAUCUAGACAGGAGUACUGGCAAAUAUAGAGAUGAUGUUAGUCUCAAGACCACCAUCAUGUCUUUUGUGAACGCAGUUCUCAACUAUGGAGCAGGAACAGAGAAUCUUGAGUUUAGAUUGCAUCUCAGGUUCGAGUUCCUUAUGCUCGGUAUUCAACCCGUCAUCGAGAAGUUGAAGCAUCAUGAGAACGAAACCUUAAACCGCCAUCUUGAUUUCUUCGAGAUGGUUCGAAUCGAGGACGAGAAGGAGCUGGCCAAGAGAUUCGACCAGGUUCAUGUCGACACAAAGAGCGCCAGCAAUAUGUUCGAGUGUCUCAGGGUUGGCUCGUGAAGAAGAGAUUUUACAGGCGAGAACCCGAGCCGAGGAACUAGAGAAGGAGAACCAGGACCUCGCCACCAAUCUCUCCAAGAAGGAGCAGGAGAUAGACCUCAAGCUCCAGGAGAAGGAGGAUCUGGAGGCCAACCUGGCGAGAACGAGAGAGAAACUUGAAACCGAAGUUCUCUGUCACAAUGAAACCAAACAAAGACUGUCCGCCGUAGAAACUAGAUCUGUCGCAGAUAUUAAACUAAUAAGCCCAAUGAUGCCCCCGCCUCCGCCCCCGGCAGCUCCGCCUCCACCUAUGCCCCCGGGGCCUCCGCCCCCACCUAUGCUAAAUGGAGUCAACUCUAGUCAAUCCGAGACGGAACAGUUGAGACAGAUUAUUCGGAAAUGUGUUCCCCAACCCUCAAAUCCUCUAAAAUCUUUCAACUGGUCCAAGCUUCCGGAGUGUAAAGUCCAAGGGACGAUUUGGACAGAUUUGGACGAUUCCAAAUUGUACAAACAGCUGGAUCUGGCUGAAGUGGAUCGUCUGUUUUCAGCCUACCAGAAAAAUGGCAUUAUGUCGGGUGGCAGUGAGGAAGGUUUUAAGUCUGUUGAGGGUUCGAUCGAGGAUCUCCGGUACCUGGGAACCAUGGGACGCAGAGCAAAGAUAAUCUCCGUUAUAGACAGCAGGAGAGCGCAGAACUGCACCAUUCUACUCUCAAAACUUAAACUUUCAAACGACGAAAUAUCGAAAGCAAUUAUGACGAUGGACGCUCGAGAUCAAUUUCCAGUUGAUAUGGUUGAGCAGAUGCUCAAGUUCACACCAUCACCGGAGGAGCGCGCACUCUUGGACGAGCACGCCGAGGAGAUCGACCAUCUUGCUCGCGCUGAUCGUUUUCUUUUCGAACUUUCAAAGAUCACUCACUAUGAGCAGAGAUUACGGACCCUCCACUACAAGAAGAAGUUUAACAUCCUCCUGGCUGAGAUCAGGCCCAAGAUCCAGGCCGUCCUCGAGGGAAGCAAGGAGGUUCAGAGGAGCAAGAGACUCAGGAAGAUGUUGGAGCUGAUCCUGGCCUUUGGUAACUAUAUGAACAGGGGCCAGAGAGGGAAUGCUCUAGGGUUUAAACUGAAUAGUUUGACGAGGAUAGCUGAUACUAAAUCCAGCUGUAACAAGAAUAUCACUCUUCUUCACUUUAUGGCAGAUACUUGUGAGCACAAGUUCAGAGACUGCUUAUUUUUGGAGGCGGACCUACCCCACAUUAAAGAUGCAGCAAAAGUGAAUAUGAAGGAGCUGGAGAAGGAUAUGAACCUGUUGAGAGUCGGGAUGAAGGAGGUUGAGAGGGAGUUGGAGUUCUACAGAGGGCAGCAAGUCCUUUCAGGAGACAGGUACCUCCCUGUCAUGAAGGAGUUUGUUAGUAUGGGGAGUGUAAGACUGGCAGAGAUGGAAGAUCUUUUCACAGAUAUGAAAUCUAGGUUCGACCGAGUUUGUCGUCUGUUCUGUGAGGAUCCAGCUGUCACACAGAGCGACGAGUUCUUUGGUAUCUUCGACCACUUCAUCACAUGCUUCCAGGACGCCAGGCAGGAUAACGACAACGCCAAGAAGAAGAAGGAAGAAGAAGAGAAGAUUGCCAAACAACAUCAGGAGAGGAAAAGUACGAUGCGCAUGCGUACACUGGAGCGUAAGAAGAGUAACGCGAGUAGGAUGGCGAAUGGUCAACCCGUCCAACCAACCAGCUUAAACAAUGGGAAAAUGGAGGACCAGACUGAAUUCGAUGAUCUGAUCAGUGCUCUACGGACCGGGGACGUGUUCGGAGAGAACAUGGAUAAGUUCAAGAGAAACAGGAAGCUCCGAACCUCUCCGCCAAGGGUUGAGAGAAUGGAAUCCUUUCUCAGGGAGAGGAGUAAAGAGAGAAUAUUGAACUGAGCAAUUGAUUAAUCUGACAUCUGGAGCCUUCAUUUCUAUCAGUGAUUGCUGAUACCCGGGGUUGUCAAUUCUACCAAUCAGUGCUGGUACCCAGAGCCUUUCUUUCUAUUUCUUGUACCCGGAGUUGUCAAUUCUACUAAUGAUUUUUGGUACCUGGAGCCUUACUUUCUACCAAUGAUUGCUAGUACCCGGAGAAGGCAAUUCUACCAAUGACUGUUGUUGCCCUGAGUCCCCAGCACUUGUAACUGCCUGUGAUUAGAUCUGAAUUAAACCUGUAGAAAUAUCAAAUCUUCAUCUUCUAAUCCCAGUAUUAUGGGAGGAAGUUUACGUCUCCUCAUCUGCUCUAAACCUUGAAUGCAUUACGCCUGCUAAAUCUCGGACCUAUUAGCAUAAAUUCAUUAGUAUAUAUGCAUAACCUGGAUCCAAUGUGAAACUGAACCUAUGAUUCAUGAACCUUGAACCUUUACUCCUCUAUAAACCCGUCUUUCUGUGCAUCCUCCCACCAUGCAUAAAUGUUCUUUGAAAUCCUUUCAUCUUUUUACAUUUUUGUAUCUCGCUUGUAUCGCCCCAUAUAUCCUUCAAGGAUGGAAUAUAAAGAGUGAGAGGAUAAGUGUGCCAUAUGCUUUAUAGUACUCUAACCUAGCUAGUUAUAUAGUCAUAUCAUUGUAGUCUAUACAAUAUUACUGCAUUAAUAAAUUUCGUGUCAAUCUAA